UUGCGCAAUGAAUGUUGGGGAAUGUAGGUUGUUUCGCGGUGCUCGGUCGCGCCUGUCACGGAUUAUUGAGAUGAGAUCAACGGCGUUGUUGGUGGGAUACUGGAUUACCGUGGCUGAUGGUGUGGAGGGAGGGGUGCCGGAGGUGAAGGAGCGUUUAUCGGCCAGCGAUCGAAUCGAUGCGGUCAAAGACGAGGCUGGGAAGCUGUCGCUCCUCAGCUGGGCGUUGUCGAGAUUCAGAGCUUGCUGGUGGAUGGAGUUUCUUCCGGAUGUUGGGGCGGAAGUCGAUGACUGACUGCCUUGGUCGCAAGGUGCGAGUUGGCCCCUUCACGGGUCAACAACUUUCAGGCCCCUCGGCGGCAGGCGCAGGUGCCGGUGCAGGUGCAGGUGUAGGUGUAGGUGCAGAGGUGCAGGCGGCACGCGAGAAUAGGUCGAGGAAGCUGGCUGGGGCGGGGGAACCAGGCGCAGAUGGAGGAGGGAACGACGAGAAUGCGAUGUUACAGUAUGUUGGGGCGGGAGCGAUUGCGAGGGUUGGAAAAGGGAAGGGGGGGUGGGGUGGUAUCUUGUCUUGAAACACUCACGCAGGGCCAAUCAUUUGGAGCGAAGUGUAACCCUGCUCGUGCGAGUGCAACUUGGUCGUGGACAAGGAGCGGAGGGGAUUGAGGACUGGAAUCGCUAUCUG